GGCCGCUGGCGCCCGCGGGCCGGCAGCAGCACUGCACGCAGGUGCGGACCCGGCGGCUGAUGAAGGAGCUGCAGGACAUCGCGCGGCUCAGCGACCGCUUCAUCUCGGUGGAGCUGGUGGACGAGAGCCUCUUCGACUGGAACGUGAAGCUGCACCAGGUGGACAAGGACUCGGUGCUGUGGCAGGACAUGAAGGAGACCAACACGGAGUACAUCCUGCUCAACCUCACUUUCCCCGACAACUUCCCCUUCUCGCCGCCCUUCAUGAGGGUGCUCAGCCCCCGCCUGGAGAACGGCUACGUCCUCGACGGCGGGGCCAUCUGCAUGGAGCUGCUCACCCCCCGCGGCUGGUCCAGCGCCUACACCGUGGAGGCCGUCAUGAGGCAGUUUGCGGCCAGCUUGGUCAAGGGACAGGGCCGUAUCUGCAGAAAAGCUGGCAAAUCAAAAAAGUCGUUCAGUCGAAAGGAAGCUGAAGCAACAUUUAAGAGUUUGGUGAAGACCCAUGAAAAAUAUGGGUGGGUCACCCCGCCUGUCUCUGAUGGCUGAUGUUAGCAACCUGCACUUGACAAAAAUGCUGAACAAAAGUACUGUGACAUCUCCUCAGUGCUGUACACCGCCCAUCCUUUUCUACUUCAGCUUCAGUUACAUACCAUGAAUGUCAAGGAGACAUCUAAGUUAUUUAUGAACAGAUGUGUUUACAGAGGGAGAGAAAAAAAAAAAAUGCUGUGUAGGAUUAUAUUUCAAGACUGGAGAAUGGUCAUCAUUGAAGUCACUUGAGUCACUUGAGCGGAUGCUGAGAUUGCGUCAUGUGCCCCCAUACAGCCCACAUUGUCUUCAGCUUCUUUCCAUGACAGCAGCACCAAACAGCAGUACUGGAAAGUCUAUCCAUUACUGCUCAGUUCAUUUAAAUGUAAAUGAAACAGUUAAUAUUUAAUAGGGAAGCAGUGCAUUGCAGGUACAUGUUUGCUGUGCUGUUUAUCUUUGUCUCCUAGCAGGUCAACAUAACUUGAAGAUUUGUCUUUAUGUGGAACUGUGGUCUGCUGUGACUAAAUUUAGACCUCAUUUGUGCUCUAUAUAUGACCUUUAAUUCAUAAAUGAAACCAGAAUUAAAAUGCUGAAAGGUCCUAGUGUUGAAAAAUUAUUAAGUGGAAUCACCCAACCGGUUACAAUGUGCUAUCUAUGCUGAUAUUGUGAUGUGCUGUUCAGAAAUAAACCAGUGCAGUUAGCUGAAGGUUAGGUGGUUUUUUUAAACACAUCCACACCAGGGCUUGGAGUGGUUGGUUGGUGGUAGCAGAACCAUUAUUACCCUGCUGGUACCUUCUGCAGUAGCAUGUGGCCUGUCAGUUCUUCAAAAUGGCAAAACAAAUGAAUGGAAACGGACAAAGCAACCUUAAAAAUUAUCUGCUUAAUUUUAAAAUGAUAUGCCAGUAACAGAGUAAAAAUUUUCAAGUCAAAUGGAACAUGGUUUGUAAGAUGAUUUGCAUGACUGGAAUUUUCUUUUUUAUUUUCACUCAAUAGACAUUGUAUGUACUUAGAGCCCAGUAUCUGAGAAAACCCACUGAUGUAUAUAAAUGUCCUAUUAUUUAAUCAUUAAGAUUUAAGUUUUCUGGUAAACAAAUUGAAAAAAACUUUCUAAGAGACUCCAUAAAAGCUGAAGGUAAUGUUUAGAAUGGUAUAAGAAAAGCAUUAAAAAAUGUGGAUUCCGAAUGGAAAAUCAUAUUGGACACAUGCUGAAUAAAAUCACCAGUAUCGUU